AUGCCGUGUAUCGCUCCCGACUUCCUCUGGGGCUUGAUCAUCUCUACCCCCCUGACCAUCUUUACCAGCAUCCGCUACCGCGUCUUCCUCAGCCAACAAUCCCGACUGGAAGGCGUAAUCGACAACCGCACGCUCACCUAUGAAGACAACGUCCAGAUUGUGCGAACGUUCAUCUGUCAGUAUAAACACUACGACGAGUUCGCACCCCAGGGGGAGAACACGCUGUUUCAAGCACUCAUUAAGGCGCUCAAGAACGCAAAGAACUUUAUCUACAUUGAAGAUCAGUAUUUCAUCCUCGUACCAGAGCUACUCGAUGCGUCGGGUGGAUACGAGAAGUAUUUGUUCGACAUGAUCGCUCCUAUACAGAAGCUGUAUCCAAACAAGUUUCAGAUCUACACCACGAAGAGUAGCUUGAAUCUCUACAUCCACACAAAACUCGUGAUCAUCGACGACGUUUUUGUGACAGUCAGCUCAGCAAACUGGAAUCGUCGUAGCAUGACCUCGGACUCGGAGAUGGCUGCCAACAUCAUCGACGAGGACUCUGUAGAUUCUCCAGAUGGGGUCACGGUGCUGAGGACGGCACGCGACUUUCGGAUCCGCAAAUUUCACGAGAUGACGGGUCUAAGCUACGAUGAACUAGACGCAAUGACGAUAAUUGAAGCCGCGAAUCAACUUGAUACGGCCGCUGCAGACAAAUCGUCCAUCAUUGAAGCGUUUCUACAGUAG